GUGUGGAGCUGUCUUGGAACAUUAAUUAUUAACCACUCCUUUGUUCUCCUCGUACUUGUUUUGGAUCCUUGUCCUGCUGGAAAUAGUACUGAUCCUGGAUUCCCAUUUUUUCGGCACUAAUACGCAAAUUACGACGCAAAUUACGUCGCAAAAUGUUCACAUAGCCUUCCGCAUUUAAAAUGCCUUCGAUGCUCACAAGAUUUCCCACACCAUGGUAGGAAACACACCCCCAAACCAUAACAUGUCCUCCACCAUGCUUUACAGUUGUUAAAACAUUUUGCUUCUUUAGUGCUUCAUUAUGAUGUCGCCAUAUCGUCCUUCGACCAUCUGAACCAAACAAAUUAAAUUUGCUUUCGUCAGAAAAUAUGACAUUUUCCCAAAAGCUUAAGGGUUUCUGUACGUAUUCCUUAGCAAAAGCAAGGCGCUUUUUGUGAUUCGUUUCACUGAUGUAUGGCUUCUUUCUUGGAACUCUACCAUGGAGCCCUUCCGAAUUCAUGGCAUAUCUAAUUGUUCUGCUAGUAAUCUGAACUCCAGACGUUGAUUGGACCAUGGUAGCCAGCUCCCGAGAACUUAUCAGAGGAUUUUUAAGAGCUUUUUUUCUGAUUUUCCUCUUCAGCCUGGGAGUUAACUUUUUUGGACGCCCUUUACGCUCACUGUUUUCAGUCGCACCACGUUCUCAAUACCUUUUUUUUGACGUAUCUCACUGUAGAAAAAUUCAACCCUAAGGAAUCGGCAAUUUGGCGUUAUGUUUUUUGCUGACUCCUCAGUAAAACAAUUUUUUCGCGAGUUGCGGCACACAGUUCACUUGUCUUUGGCAUGAUAAUUGUCUAUUGGCUAAAGGAAACUGAUUGAAAGACUAGAGAAUACUGGUAAUACACGAUUAGAGGUAAAUUAGUAAACAAACCUAUGACCUAUGGACACAGGAGGAUUAAUGCCAAAGUAAACAGAGCUUGUGAGUCAUGGUGUACAAAUACUUUUUUCCAAGCAAUUUUAUUGUUUUAAUUUUUUGUUUCAUUAUGGAGUGUUGUCAUUUUUUUCCAAAAGGUUUUUCUCAGGUUUUAACAAAUGUACUUUUCAUUUUUGCAGAGGAAAGCGAAGUUUUUUGGUUCCUUGAACUCAUUUAUUCAUAAAAACAUGAUGUGCAAAUACUUUUUUCCAUCACUGUAUAUAUAUAUAUAUAUAUAUAUAUAUCUUUGGAGACACCAUUUGUAAGUACAAUAAGUGCCCUUAAAAAACUUCUACGAAAGUAACUAAAUAUAUCGAAUCCUUUUUUUCGCUACGAUAUCCAGUGAUAUCGAAAGAAAAAUAUCAAUAUCGAUAUAAUCACAACUUCCUUAAUUGCCGCUGAGUUCAUAAAAUGUGAGGUUAUAUAGCAGUUGAUGAGCAUUUGAAUUUUCUUAAUUUUUCAGAGAAUAGUAAUUGACAAUGAACGAGGAUGAAGAUGUUAAUCAUUCUUUCUCUAGGGAUGAGCUUAUGGAAAUUACCAAGAAAACUAUUGCCGAUCUUAUACAAAAUGAUCCUCUUCUUCGUGAUCUUCCAAAGGAUGUUACUUUGGAAGAAGUUACUAACCAACUUGCUUUAGAACAUGGGCAGUCAAUGACAAUAUUUCUUCACAAAGAAAAUGGUGACACUUGGCCAAUUGUUGUUCCCAUAAAAGCAACUGUUUUAGACUUGAAACGAGCUAUAAGGCGUUACACUACUCUUUGGUUGGAUAGAUCGGGGUUUUCUUCACAUCUCUCCUGGAAAUAUGUUUGGAGAAAUAAUGUUCUUGUUUCCGCCCACACCAAGCUUGAUGAUGAUAAUAAGAAACUCUCUGAUAUUGGUUUGAGUAAUAAAUGUAGUGUUUCAUUUAUGAAAAGACUACGUCAAAAGAACUGCUCUAAGUGUCGAUAAUCUACAUUUUUUGUAGACCAUACAAGUUGAUGGUUCUAUAUUCAGAGAGUAUGUGGUGACUACUGUAAUAUAUUUUAAUUUGUCAUUUUUCAAAGGAAAAAAAACUGAGUUGUGUGCUUAGUAGCAUUUACUGAUAAAAAGUACAUCAGUGCAUUUACACCAGUUCCCUUGUAAAACUGAAGAACAUUAAAUAUAAUGUUAAGUAAAUGAUUAAGUGAAAUAUGGCUUCUUGGCAUUUAGAUACUGUUUAUAAUUUAUAUGACUCUAGAUCAGUAAAGAAAUGCCAUGACAAAGUUUCAUUCAUAAAUAAUUGUAUUGUUUUAUUUUUUAAUAUAUUAAAAAAAUCUCUGAUAAAUCCGUCUAACCUUUCCAUUAGAUUUUAUAUUUCAAUAGUUUACCAUAUUGUGAUACUGAUGAAUUUGAAAAACUAAAUUUUUUUACCAUCUUUAUUUUUAUAUAUGUCUACAAUGUCAUGUAAAUACACUUGUUAAAUACAUAUAAAUUUUAGUUACUAUAUUCUAAAUUAAAUUGUUUCUGCUAGGUAAUUAAAAUUAGUAUAGUAAAGAAAUAUUUUUAGUUUUUAAUUAGAUCAAUGCCAUUAUGUUGUUCAACCUCACAGAUGUAAGUGCAAAUUUUAAAAUUUUCAGUAAAAAAUAAAUGUUUAAUAUUUUUAUGGACCAUACAACUUGUUAUUAUUAAUACCCUUUGGUUAUUUGUAUAUGUAUUUAAUAUUCACUUAAAACAUUUAUUAAAAACUUAGAUUAGACAUUUUUUUAACAGUUUCCAACUCUUAGCUAAUUGGUACUUACCAGCAUCUCUGUGAAGUGAACCAUUAAUAUAUCAUAUAAUUAAGAUGUUAUAUAAUAAUAUAUUCAUUACUCAUUACGGCUGUUUCAUUCUAUUUAUUUUAUGUUUAAUUCUAUGUAAUAUCUGAUCUUGUAAAGAGAAUUUUCAUAACAUGCUCAUUUAUGUACAUAAAAGUUAUCGAACAAUAAAAUUAUUUUUAGAAGUAUUUUAACUUUGUAAUGUAAUAAAUAUUAAUAUAAAUGUUUGUAUUAAUAAAACGGACUGGUAAUUUAUCCUUUCUUUCAAUUCAUUUACUCAUAACAAACAGUUUCUUGAGAAAUCUAAAUAAAGUUUCGAAACAUCUGCAGUACAUUAUUAAUACUUUUCACUACUCUUUUACAUAUUGCAGCUGAUUAUGUAAGUAUGUAUUGGCAUUUGUAAGUAUUGAUUAUUAAUUACAAGAAUAUAUCUGUCUGAGAGCAUUACAAUGGAGAUGAAUAAAUGAUUGAGUUGCCUUCUCAACAUCAAGUAGCCACACUCUUUCAUUAAAUCUGUAUCCCAAAUGUAAAAUAAAAAUUAAUUAUUGCAAAUUAUAAAAUUAAUUGAUUACUGUAAACCAGAUUAAAUGUGUAAUAGAGUUUAUUUUGAAUAUGAAAUAACCUUGUGAGCUAGAACAUAUUCAGACAACAUUCCUUUAGUCUUAAUAUACUAAUGUUCCAGUCUACCAGGUUAUUUCAAUUUCAAAAUAAACCCAAGUAAACAGUCACCUAGUUUCAAAUUAAUCCUGGUUUACGAUAACUAAUUUUAUAAAAUAAAAAAAUUUAUUAUUAAAACAAAAGAAAAAUAUUUUUUACUCUGUUCAGAUAAAUGCUAGAAGAUUUAAUAAGUUAUAUUUGUUUGUUACAGUGGUAUUUAUAUUAUUGAAAAACUAAUGCAAAAUGGUGUCAUUUAUUUUAUUAUUGCAUUCACUUAUAAAUAUGGAUAUUUGUUACAAGCUAAUUUUUGUAGUAUUCAUCCCAGAUAUAAUUAAAAUAUAUAUUUUUUUUUUUCUGUUGGCAUUAGGCACUGUGAUCCUCAAGGAUUUAUUGUGUGCCAGGUAUUAGUUCGUUUUACUAUUAAAACAUUUAUUUGGUCGCUUCCGUGUAUUUUAAUAGGCUUAAAGGAUUAAUGGACUCAAAGCUUCUGGGAUUGUCCACUUGGUCCUCCCCAAAUAGCUCAAGUCUAAUGCUGGGCCCACACUACAGGCAAAUGGGUAUUGGCAAACCUUGCAUCAAAUUAACUGAAGCUCGUCAACCAUGGAUAGUGUGCGCUGUACAAGCAAACAUCAUGGAAUUGCUGUGGGACUGACUGCUGCUUUUGGAUAUAUGUUAUAUAUAAAAAAAAGCAAGUAGAAAAAAAUAAGUAGAGAAAGCAAAGAAGAAGAUGGUGGAUGUUGAAAAUUCACGAGAAUCGUACAAGCAACUGAUGAGGUCUAUGAACCUAUAUGGUUCGCCUAUAAGCAAAUGGAGGAGUUUUUAAUGCCUUAUAUUCAUGUAGGAAAACAAUAAAUACGCUUUCCUCUACAGUGGAAUGGGAAGAUGAAGGAGAGGCAGCAUUUGAUGAUUCGCUGUUAGUAUGUAACAGCAGUAUAUAUAGCAGCAGUCCAAGACAGAAAAAAACAACCAUCAAAGAGGAUAUGACUGCCUCGUUCAAUAAACUAGUAGACACAUUAAAACAUCAAAGGGGAAAUUCGAAUGAGUGUAAUAAAAGUUGUGCACAAAAUUAUGGAUUCGUGAUAGGAGAAAGGUUGGACCAACUACCUCAACAAGAACAGGCUCUCUUAAUUUGCCAAUUAGAUUAUAUUUCUGUUCAAUAUGUGCGGAGUUUGUGGAAUAAAUACACUUUCAAUGUUGAAACCAACACCAGUUUCAACAAAAUUGCAGCCAGUUCCCCUGGUGUAUCCAAUCCACAAAAAAGAAUCAUUUCCCAGGAACAAGCUGGGCCAACUAAAAAAAAUAGAACGGACAAUUUUCCUAAAUAUACUACAGAGAUUAUAUCUAAAAAAACAGAUAUCAUU